UCCGGUAGCAGAGGCCCCGCCCCUCAGGCGUGCCGCGGUGACGUCACCGCCCCGCUCCGCCGCAGCGCCCGCCGCACGGAGCCGCCGCCGGCAGCCGCGCUCCGGCCCAGCCCCGCCAUGCCCUCGGACCGGCCCUUCAAGCAGCGCCGCGCCUUCGUGGAUCGUUGUAAAGAAGUACAGCAGAUCCGAGAGCAGCAUCCAAACAAAAUCCCAGUCAUCAUUGAACGCUAUAAAGGGGAGAAACAGCUGCCAGUGCUGGACAAGACCAAGUUCCUUGUCCCAGACCAUGUCAACAUGAGUGAAUUGGUCAAAAUAAUCCGGCGUCGCUUGCAGCUGAAUCCCACCCAGGCUUUCUUCCUGCUGGUGAACCAGCACAGCAUGGGAACUUUCUGUCCAGGGAGGGUCCCAGUGUAAGGGACAGACUCAGAAGAGCUCACACAGGUGGGUAAAUGCUGAAGAAAGACUGUGGGAAGCCAGCUUGAAGCACUGAACCCAGCAGAGUAUAGAUGAGAACAGUUGCCCACUGCUCCUGGCAGCUGGAGCAGCAAUGGGAGCUUACCCCUUGUUAAGCGUCAAACUCAGGUCUUUAAACUCUGGUGCAGAAGCUGAAGCCCUCUCCCACCCAUCUCCCUGUGGGAUGCGCUCCUGCAGGUGAGGGGGCUGUACCUUGCUUCAGCAUUCUCACAGCAGAGUAGUUUCAGGUGAGGUUUUUCCCUCAGGGAACUGGUAAAGGAGUAGCAGACAUGGUUAAACACAGUGGGCUGGAGCCCUUGGUGGGGUGGAGCAGUGGAGCUCAGCUGUCUCACUGUGUCCACCACAGUCACCUGGAGAUGUGCUGAUUCCAAUCACAGCUGUGGCUCUCUGCUGCAAGUGACAGGGAAAGUAUGUUUUCAGAAGACAAAACUAUGGAAGAAGUAAAACAGCACUGCCAGUGUCAGCAGGUCGUGAAUGAUUUUAGUGCACUUGACUGUCUUAAAAGGCGAAGAAAGGUUACUGUUGGGGCGGCUCCCCUUUAGGAUAGCCUGGAGAUGCUGCUACUCUCUUUCCCUUUUGCCUCCCACAUAAUAUUGCCUUCAAGGUUCAACCACUUCCAGGGUCCCUCCUUUUUUUCAGGCAGUUCAUUGCUAUUGUCCUUUCCCCCACACUGCCCUUAAUUCCUUGUGACUCUAAAAUAAUGGUAAGUAAUAAUUUGAGAUCAUCCUCAUAGCUCUGGGAGCACAGGACAGCCCUGUUCUUUCAUGCACUGGCGUUAUCUUAUGCACUUCGCUGGGAUCAGUGCUGGCCUGUUCAGUUAUUAUUAGAAUAACUUCAGCUUCUCAUAGGUCUCUGGAAAUGCCACUGCCUUCCCUAUGUCCCACAGGGCAACCUCCUCCUUAUGUGGGACAUGAAAGCAGAUCCUUGCCUUGCCCUGCCUUUCUGCAACCCUUUCACUAGUAAAAUUCAGGAAAAUCUGCAUGUUUGAUGCAAGCAACUGCUUGUGCGUGAGCUUUACAUAGUCUGAUGCCUUUUAGGCAUAGUGAAUAAUGUUCCUCAUGCAAGACUGGCUAAAGGGCUAACCAGAACAGGCCUAGCCAGCCAGCCUGACCCAGAGCUGAGUCAAUGAGCCAAGGCAGAGCUUGCAGCACAGAUCUGUGCAGGUGCUGGCUGACAACAAAUUAGCAAAACAUCAGGGUAGGAGGAAGGAGAAUUUUCUCUGGAGGCAGUGUGAGGCUGGGGUAAGGCACCCAGCAAGCAAAGAUACAAACACAAUACUGGUUGUUUUGCUCACAAUACAAAAGGGGGUGAAAACCCAGAGAUGAUCAUGACAGUUCUAGAGGACACUUUUAGUCCCCUUUUAUGUCAUCUGCCUUAUCAUAGAUGUGUGUCUUAAUGUCUGUUCCACCUCUAGAUUAACACGCUGGUGUGAGACUUUGCACUAGAACAUCAUUAGUACAAUAUUUUAAGAUAAACCCUAGUGCUGCAAUAGUACUGCAAUUUUCUGAAUAUUACCUUUGACCCGUGAGCAAACCCACCCAUAGGACUGGUAUAGAUGAUGUGGUGACUGCUAACAAUGUAGGCUGCAGCUGAUGAUUUGGUAGGCAACACACUGCCUUCUUGUACAAUCACAACCUAUAAUGCUGAGAAUUACAAUCCAGGGAACCCCUGUUCUUGUUUAACAAUACCCUGAGUUGAUGGCCAUAUCAAGUAAUGGAAAAAUACAAUUCACGUGAUCUUAAAAAAUAGGAAAACUCAGAAAUUCAUAAAGCUGUGAAAGUGGUAGCUGCCAUAUGGUUUAAAAAAAAAAGACAGGACACUAUGCAAUAGGGAUGCUUCUUUGCCAAAAGGUGUGAGAGUACAAGGCAAAGGAGUCACAGGAAACAACGCGUGCAAGUAGAGUUCUGGGUGUCUCAAGCUCCACUAAACCAGUAGCAUUCUGCCCAACUAGAGUGAGUUACGGAUGUGAGAGUAGAACAGAAGGCUAGAAAGUGGAAAUCUGAAGUGUUAAUGUAACAUCCAGAGCAUGAGUUUGAAAAUGGGAAAACAGAAAACAUAAUAGCUGGCAUGGGUGCUGUGGGGACAUUUGGAGUGAUUCCAUCACCAUGAGACUUUGAGCUGUUGACCCACAACCAAAGUUGUAAAAAUGCUGACAGCAGCAGGUCUUACGUGACCACUGACUCACAGGGGCAGGGAAGGAAGAAGAGCUGGAAGACAACAGCCUGAGAAACUCCUCCUUCUCCCCUGAGCGCAGUGAAAAUGGCUUGGCUAAUUUUCUAAAUGGUUUAAAUAAAGACAACCUCCAGUUAGGAGAAAUGGAGAAAUGAGCAUAAAUUAAAACCGCAUGAGGUUCUUUUAAAUCACGUUACUUAGAGAGCAUGUUCACCACCCCCCUCCCCAUCUGUAUCUGCUGCUGUGACUUGUCCCACCUGCUCCAAGGAUUCAUGGGCCAGCUCAGAAACAGCCAGGCCCAGCUGCACAACAGCAGCUCCUAUUGCUAACAAAAGCCCAGUGUUGUGAGGGAAGGUGUGAUGAGGAGAAAGCCUGCAGAGAGCUAAGGGAGGCACACCUUGGGUGCCCUACCAGCAAUGGUAGCCUCACAAACAUGCACUCAUAACACAGAUGGUGUGUUGGCUAGCUGUCAGAAGCCCACCCAGCCAACCUGUCACUCCCCCUCCUCAGAAACACAUGGAGAACACAAGGUGAAAAAAAUCACAGGUCAAGAUAAAGACAAAGAGAUAAAUGCCAGUUAACCUGACACACAACACAGCCUUAACCUGGGGAAAACUGACUUAAAUUUAUUGUCAAUUAAAACAGCUUUGGAUGGUGACAAACAAAGACAACCAUUAAAACACUUUCCCCUUUGUCUUUUACCUGGGUACAAGUUCAGUCAUAGAAUCACAGAAUGGUUUGGGCUGGAAGGGACCCCAAAUCCCAUCUAGUUCUAACUCCCUGCCAUAGUGAUGCCACCCACUAGAUCAGGUUGCACAGGGCCUCAUCCAACCUGGCCUUGAACUCCUCCAGGGAUGGGGCAUCCACAUCUUUGGGCAGCCUGUGCCAGGGCCUCACCACCCUCUGAGCGAAGAAUUUCCUUCUAACCUCUAGUCUAAAUCUCACCUUUUUUAGCUUAAAACCAUUCCCCCUUGUCCUAACAUUAUCUACAUUAGUAGAGUCUGUCUCCAUCCUUUUUUAUAAGAACCCUUCAAGUAUGAAUGGCCGAAACGAAGUCUCCCCGGAGCCUUCUCCUCUCCAGGCUGAACAACCCCAGUUCUCAGCCUUUCUCCAUAGGAGAGAUGCUCUAACCCUCUGAUCAUCUUUGUAGCCCACCUCUGGACUUGCUGUAACUGAUCAAUGAAUCUCUUUGGCACUCUUUGGAUCACUAUGGUCUUCUUUGGCCCUCUGUUACCCUCAAAGACUCUCCAGGACACAAGGACAUUUAAUGAUUCUUGGACUUUCUAAGACACUCUAUGAAAAUCACUCUGUGAUGCUCUAGGUUGCUCUGUGACACUUGAUAACUCUUGAGGAUGCUCAGUGACAUGCCAUGGUUCUCUGUGGCUCUCUGUGACAGUUUAAGAAUCCCAAGGACACCGUAGAAGGCUCUGUGACACUGACACGGUGACUUCUUUUACUGUGUGACACUAUUAUCUUCUAUCACACUGUGAUGCGCUGUGAAAAAUCUCUGACACUAUGACACUAUGAAACUUUGAAUCCAAGAAUCUUUGGCAGUAUUCCUGUGAGACUCUGUGACAUUCUAUAACUUAUGUGUCUGUGACGCUCGAUAACUCUGUCACUCUGAGACACUUGAGGACACUGUGAGUCUCUACGACACAUUGAGACUCUGACUGUGGUAGUCUGCGUCUAUUACAAUCGCUGACACUCUGCAAUGGUUUGCCACUUUAUCACACUGUGACUGACACACUAAGACACACUAAGACAUAUAUGAUUGACUCUCUGACAUAAGAACCUAUGACAACCCAUAUCAUUGUGACACUCUAUGUCUCUUUUUGGGCUCUCCAAGGCUUUCUAUGACAAUCUUCACAACUUUAUGGCACUGUGACACUAUGGGAUGCUAAUGAAACUCUGUGAUACUGGCAUUCUGUGGUUCCCUUUGACUCUUAAUUAACCCCAAAGGUUAAUUUCCUGCUUUCUUCCACCAGACUAGCAGUUGCUGCUACAGCUUUAAUGCAUUCAGGCUAUCCUCUGGAAACUGGGCCCAGCAGUUUAAACAAAUAAGCCCCUGGUUGCUGCUUAUCCCCCAAUCCUGGGUCAGUACUCCCAGUGCUGCUCCCCUAUCCACACUAGUGAAGAGAUAAAAGGCUUCUUUAAUGUGGGAACAGCUAAGAUUGGUGCUCUCAUUAAGCUCUGCUUCAAUUUUUCUGUUAACUCCUUUUCCUUUUCUGUCCAUUCAUGUAUAUAAGGCUCCCCCCCUAAUAAUUUAAGAUACAGCCCUUUUGUUUUCUGAGCAUAUGCUUCUAUCCAUAAUCGACAAUACUACAUUAACCCCCCAAAACUUUCUUAGUUCUUUCUUAGUUUUACAGUAGGGGUAGCUCAACAAUUUCCUGAAACCUCUCUGGAUUUAUUCUUCGUUUUUCCUCAGACACUUAGAAGCUGUAAAUACUUGUCUUCUUUUUCUACAUAUUGUGAUUUAUUUUUCAAUACUUUCAAACUCUGUUUUCCCAGAAAGUGUAAUGUUUUGUUAUUGGCUUCUUUCACAACUGUUUUGUCCUGUUCUGACGAUAAAAGCUCACCUGCAUAUUGUAACAUAUACACCCCCUCCAGAGGCUGGAAUUGCUCCAAAAUCUGUUCAGUGACUCUGUAAACCCUGGAGGUAAAACUGUCCAUUGUAUUGUUGCCUCCACCCCGUUUCAGUCUUUCCAUUCAAAGGCAAAUAUAGCUUUUCUCUCAGGGUCUGAGCGCACCCCGUUAAUAACACUGUUAUUCCAGUCUAAAAACUUACUAUUUGAAUGCCCAAUCUCGUAAUCAAAUCCCUUCCCAACAAGUUAGUCCCUGCCUUGGGUACAUACAAUAAUAAUGCCCUGUGAUUGUUUAAUCCCCUAGUCUCAGCAUGGUGUCCCCCCAAAAUAGCACUGUUAUUCCAGUCCCUGCUACCCCCAUCACCUUUAGAGUUUCAUUAGUUAAUUUAAGCCCUGAUACUUUAUGGGCCAGUGAUGACCCAGCUACCCCAGGUUUAUGUGGCAAGGGCCACAAGGGUGCCGCUAUGUUGCUGGGCCACCAGGUGCAGGGUGGGUGUCAGGAAAAGGGUUUGGUGUUGGGCUGAAGGGGCUAUGUGGGCUGAUCCAGCUCUGAUGGCUGCUACCUGUCCCUGUGUCACGGCUCCCCAGCUCCUCCAUCUCUGUGACACUGUGCAAUGGAGCCAUCCUGGGACACAACCAUGGCAGGUGUCAAUGUCACAGGGCAGUCAUGCUGCUGUACACAUCUGGGAACAUCAGUGUCCAGCAGAGAGCCCAGCUGGCUGUGAAUGUGGCAAUAUGUUCACUAUCAUCCAGGUAUCCCAAGAAGAUGGGGGUGCCUAUGCCUGCUGGGAAUAAAUCUGACCCCAGCAGGUUGGAACCAGGAGGUGUUUUUGGUUUGUUUUCUCUUUCUUACUUCCCUUGCUUGUUAGCAAUAGGCAAUAAAUUUCUUUAAUCUCCCUCUAA